CGAAACAGGGAAGCAGCACAAAGAUAGGAUGGAUCGCUACUAACGUCGGGUGGAGUUACAUGUAUCCGUAAUAACCAGGAUUCAGAGCAGAUCCGCGUUUUAACGUAUACUUUAAAUAUUUAUAUCGUUUUUAAAUUAAUACAAUGAUACUAAGAGUUACAGCUGUACACUGUUGAUAAACUGCACGCGUCAAAGGUGUGGUUAGAGAUGAUGGAGCACAUCACAAUGCCAAAGAUUGAAAAUGUCCGUCUGGUGGACAGAAGCUUCUCUCGCAGAACUCAAGCGGGCACCCUGUACCUGACUGCUACACACACCAUCUUUGUAGGUAAAGGAUCUGACGUCAGAAAUGAGCUGUGGAUUCUUCACAGUUUAGUUUAUAAUGUAAUAAAACAGAAGACAGCUGAGAGUGGGUAUGCCUUAUUAAUCCACUGCAAGAACUUUCAGGUCAUACAAUUGAUGAUUCCUCAAGAGAGCGACUGCAAUGAUAUCUACAUUUCACUCUCACGUCUCUCCAGACCAGAAAAAUAUGAGGAGUUAUAUUGUUUCUCUUUCGAACCCAAUGUUGACCAAGCUGAACGGAGGUGCUCAUGGGAGUUUAUAGAUCUGAAAGCAGAGUACAGUCGAAUGGGACUUCCAAAUAAAUUGUGGCACAUUACUCCCAUCAACCGAGAGUACAGAGUGUGUGAUAGUUACCCAGCUGACUUGUUGGUGCCUCAGUCUGUCACUCUGCCUGUCAUUGUGGGGAGUUCAAAGUUUCGUAGCAGAGGUCGAUUUCCCACGUUGUCCUACUACUGCAAGGAAAACCAAGCCACGAUAUGUCGGAGCAGUCAGCCUCUCUCUGGCUUCAGUGCACGCUGCAUGGAGGACGAACAGAUGCUGCAGGCCAUUAUGAAGUCUAAUCCUGGCAGCAGAUUCAUGUAUGUUGUGGAUACUAGACCUAAGCUAAAUGCAAUGGCAAACCGAGCUGCAGGCAAAGGCUAUGAAAAUGAAGAUAACUACUGCAACAUUAAAUUCCAGUUCAUCGGCAUUGAAAACAUCCAUGUGAUGAGGAACAGUCAGCAGAAACUGAUAGAUGUUUCUGCACUACGUUCUCCCUCCAUGUCAGAAUUUCUCUUGGGAGUUGAAAGCUCAGAUUGGUUGAAACACAUCAAAUCAAUAUUGGAUGCUGGAAUCUUUAUAUCCAAGGCUGUGGGAUUAGAGGGGGUCAGUGUCUUGGUUCAUUGUUCUGACGGCUGGGAUAGGACCUCUCAGGUUUGCUCUGUGGCCAGUGUACUUCUGGACCCUUACUACAGGACCCUCAAGGGACUAAUGGUGCUGAUUGAGAAAGACUGGGUUUCAUUUGGCCACAAGUUUUCACAUAGAUACAGUCAUCUGAAUGGUGAAGCAAAAGAGGUGUCACCUGUUAUAGAUCAAUUCCUGGAGUGUUUGUGGCAGCUCAUGCAGCAGUUUCCAUGUUCCUUUGAGUACAAUGAGAGGUUUCUUAUUAGCAUCCACAACCACAUCUAUUCUUGUCACUAUGGCAACUUCAUUUGUAACAGCCAGAAAGAGAGAAGAGAUCUUUGUAUCCAGGAGAAAACACACUCCAUAUGGCCACAUUUGUGGGAGAAUAAACUGGACUUCAUAAAUCCUCUCUUUAGACCCAAUGCAAGUCAGACUCAUGGACUUCUGAGGCCCAGUAGUGCCCCCUACUGUUUCAAAUACUGGAGAGGUUUGUAUAAUCAGUUUGAUCGUGAGCUGCACCCACGCCAGUCUGAGCUGGAUUGCCUAAUGGUUGUAAAGGAAGAAACGCAGCAACUUGAGGAAGAACGGUCUCUCUAUGAGCAGAAACUGGCUAUCCUGGAUAAGGAGCGCGCAAAAGCCCUUUACAUGCAAAAGGGUGUGUUGGACAACAGACAAAAACUUUGGGUUACGCCUUCAGAUAUAAACCUGGCUAAUUCCCCUCAGGAUUACAUUGGUGGUUUUGCAGGUGGUGCUCCUAAUGUUAUUAACUUCCAUCAGAAGGAGAAAGAAGGUACAGAGUUUCGCCUGUUUGUAGACAGACUAAAAAACUCAGAUGGUGACAACAGUGACCAAGAAUCAGGAGUGGCUGAUUUUAGCUGCCAUUCUUCUGGUGAGGAGUCAUUGCCAAGUGAAGACAGUGUAAAAGAUCCUGACUCAGAUGAGGCUGGCUCCGGCAGAGUAUAAACUGUGUGAUUGGAGAAGAGUGUGGAUACUUCAGGUUAUGCAAAGAUAUUUAACAAUGUGGACAUGUUUCUCAUGUUGGACUGUAUAAGCAUGUCUGUGUGGACUGUAGUAUAUAAGAGUGAAGUUUAUUCUGUAUGAUACACUUGAUUUAUAUUUAUUGAUUUUCCCAUCGGCAUGAGUUGCUUUAAACAUUAAAUGUGUGUGUAUGAUA